GUUGUUUGCAUAAGGCUCUUUGUUUCAUUAUUCAACUCGCUGUAGUUCCCAAGAUGGCUACUACAACUAAAAUAUUCGAGUUUUUUCGGAACUUAAAGUCAGAUGCAGUGCCAAAAGCCCCGCGCCCUGAGAAACAGGAUCCAGACAGUGACGUCACCGACACACAGCAAGAACAUAAUGAAGAAUACGUGGAACAGGAUGAAGAAGAGAUUGUGAUCAAUUUAGACGGCUUUAAAGGCACAGAGAAUCCUAAAACCAAUAAAAAGAAUUUUUAUAGCACCAACAAGAAAAAACAGAGUAUACCAAAAACGGAUAAAAAGACCAAGCAACAUACAGGUUUUAAUAAUGUCAAUACUCAAGCUACAGGCAACGUGAUAAACAUAGUGGGCUCACGUGAUUUGCACUUUGGAAAUGAGUUUGUGUAUUAUUUAGGCCCAACUACAAUGCCUAGUAAUCAGCAGCAACGAACGGAAGAUCCAGAUAAUUUAAAAGUUAAAAAAUGCAGCCUCAUAACACUUCUUUUGGAGGCUAAAAUAAAGCCUGAGUAUGAAUACCUUGAGUAUAUCUCCAAAAACUUGGGUAAGAAUUGGUACAGCUUCUUUAGAUUCCUCGGAUACAGUCAAGGACGUAUUGAGACUUGUGAAAUAGACGAGGCAAGGAAUGGAGGAGUAUCAGAGGCUCGUUACAAACUCCUUUUGGACUGGCAACGCAAUGACGAAGAUGGCACGUUAGGUUGUCUUGCUACAAAACUGUGGCAACAUGGGGAGCGACAAAUUGUUAAGGAUUUAGCCCUUAUUUAUAACAAAAAUCACAAGAAACUUUAAUUCUGUAUAAUUGUAUUUCGUGUAUACUCAUAAUGUACUGACGUUAGAUUAUUUUACUAUUUUCUACAGUGGAGAGUACAUGAAGCUUAACACUGAACCAUUCUUAUUGUAUGUGGCAUAGAAUUGAAAUUAAAUUCUAAAAGUCAAGUUUCACAUGCUAUAGGCUCUAUACAUUACAUUGGGCAUGAUUGAUAAGGUAAUGUUUGUCAAUUAAUAGCCAAUACAGCAACGGAUGUGUCAUUUUAUAAAAAUAUUUUUAAUUGUAGAACAAAAAUAAUUGCUAACUGUUUAUACUAAAUUAGGCUGCCAAAUUGCAUAUCUGUCUCUAAUGAAUUAGAAUUAAGUUUUUUCAUAGCAUUAUAAUAAUUUUUUUUUUUUUCAAUACAGCUGCUGUAUAUUGGGAGAUUAAUUGGAAAUUACUGACUUAAUAUAAAUAGAUUUAUAUUGUUAUUUUACUUUCUACUUGUUAGUUAGUACUUACUAGUUUGUUUUAUCGGUCUGCACUAUCCGG